AUGGGUGCCAUGGAGCGUUUCUCAUUUCUUCUUGUUGUUAUGGUUUUAUCCAUAACACAAUCACAUGCUGAUGAUCAGAAUGUAGAUUGGUGGAGUGAAACCGUUCCAUACGAAAUGGGUAUGCAGAAGAUGACAAAGUUACAUUUUUACCUCCACGAAAACAUCACCGGCGACUAUCCAACUGCUGUUAAGAUUGCCGAAGCACCGGGAGCUAACAUUUCUGCAACAGGGUUCGGGGAAUUGUACAUGAUGGAUAACCCAUUAACUGAUGGACCAGACCCAAAUUCAAGACUUGUCGGUCGAGCACAAGGUUUAUAUGGAUCUUCUGAAAUGAAUGAAUUAUCUUUGAUUAUGGGUGUAAGUCUUGUUUUCACCGGUAACAAUAAGUUUAAUGGUUCAACCAUCAAUGUGUUCACCGGGAAUCCGAUCACUCAUAAGGAACGGGAAUUUGCAAUUGUUGGCGGAACCGGAUAUUUUCGACAUGCCCAUGGGUUUAUAAGUGCUAAGACGUACCGGCGUAGGGGUAAAAAUGCCAUUGUCGAGUACGAUUGUACUAUUGUCCACUAUUAUUCAGCUUUCAAUAAUAUCAGUGUUAUAAAAGUUUGA